UAAAUGAAUAGCCAGGGCUGCCGCUGGUGAAUUGCUGUGGCGGAAGGAGCCUCUGGAAGAGAGCAGGAGAAUGAAGCCCUGAAUGCUCGAGCUCAUUCACUCAGUUUGAGACCGCACGAGCAACACCGUAUUGCGGGCUCCUGGAUCUAUCCUUCAUACUGACGUGCUUCGUUUCUUUUUCUUGAACAGACCAAUGUUGGAUAUAUGUUAAGCCUGCGUGGACUAUCCAUAAGAAGGAAUGCAUCUUUUCUUCGUGAAACUAAUUGUUGUGAUAUCACUCAAUACUUUGACACAAGGCCUGGAAUGUUCAGAAAAAUGCCAAAACGGAGGCACAUGUGAACCAACUGCAGACGGGAGAGGAGAAUGCAAGUGUCUGGAUCUGUACGCCGGCCCAGCGUGCCAGUUCCGCAACCCUUGCUUCCAAUCCCCGUGCAGAAAUGGUGGCGUGUGCCGUUUGAUCACUUCUGCCAACAAGGUGGACUUUGUCUGCAACUGCAGCCUGGGCUACACGGACCGAUUGUGCCUCACUCCCACCAACAACGUGUGCCUUGGUGCUCCGUGCCGAAACGGAGGAACGUGCGAACUCACCAGCAUCCACAACUACAGGUGUAAAUGCCCACCAGGCUGGUCAGGUAAAACCUGCCAGCAAGCUGAUCCCUGUGCCUCGAAUCCUUGUGCCAAUGGUGGUCAGUGUAGCCCCUUUGAUUCGGACUUCCUCUGCCACUGUACACCUUACUUCUCAGGCCAAACCUGCAAACAAGAUGUCAACGAGUGCGCGCAGAUUCCCUCUCCGUGUAAGAACGGUGGCGUGUGUGAGAACGGAGUGGGCACGUAUCACUGCAACUGUCCCGCCGAGUACACUGGGAAACACUGCGAGAGCCUGUAUCAGCCGUGUAACCCCUCGCCAUGCUUACACGGGGGCACCUGCGUACAGAAGGGGGAGACCAGUUAUGAGUGCUCCUGUCUGCCAGGUUUUAGUGGGCAGAACUGCGAAGAAAACAUCGAUGAUUGUCCAGAUCAUCGCUGCCUUAAUGGAGGGACCUGUGUGGAUGGAGUGAACACCUACAAUUGCCAGUGCAAACCAGAGUGGACAGGUCAGUUCUGUACCGAAGAUGUCAACGAGUGCGAUUUGAUGCCCAACUCCUGCCAGAACGGUGGCACGUGCUUGAACACGCAGGGUGGGUAUAACUGUGUGUGCGUGAACGGCUGGACGGGGGACGACUGCAGCGAGAACAUCGACGACUGCGCAGAUGCAGCCUGUCAUACUGGAGCCACAUGCCACGAUCGGGUGGCCUCCUUCCUCUGCGAAUGUCCUCACGGGCGCACAGGUCUGUUGUGUCAUCUAGAUGAUGCUUGCAUUAGUAACCCGUGUCAAAAAGGCUCUAACUGUGACACCAACCCAGUCAACGGCAAAGCCAUCUGUACCUGUCCACUGGGUUAUGUUGGGCCGGCCUGUGACCAAGACGUUGAUGAAUGCUCACUGGGUGCAAACCCUUGUGAACAUGCUGGAAAGUGUAUAAACACAAAAGGCUCGUUCCAGUGUAAAUGUCUGCAGGGAUAUGUUGGAGCUCGAUGUGAGCUGGACAUAAAUGAGUGCCUUUCCACCCCGUGCCAAAACGACGCCACCUGUUUAGAUCAGAUUGGAGGAUUCCAUUGCAUCUGUAUGCCAGGGUACGAGGGAGUCUUCUGUCAGAUCAAUACCGAUGAGUGCGCCAGCAUGCCCUGCCUCAACAAUGGGAAGUGCAUCGACAAGAUCAACAACUACCAAUGCGAGUGCCCCACAGGAUUUUCGGGGAGCCAAUGCCAGUUCGACAUUGACGAGUGCGCUAGUACUCCUUGUAAAAAUGGGGCCAAGUGUAUGGAUGGGCCCAAUAUGUACACCUGCCAGUGCACUGAAGGAUACACAGGGCAGCACUGUGAGACAGAUGUAGAUGAGUGUCUGUCCAACCCGUGUCACUACGGCACCUGUAAAGAUGGCCUGGCGUCCUUCACCUGCGUCUGCCGUGCGGGUUUCAUGGGCCGUCUGUGCGAGAUCAACAUUAAUGAGUGUCUCAGUCAGCCAUGCCAAAACGGAGGCACCUGCCAGGACCGUGAGAAUGCCUACUUGUGUGUCUGCCCCAAAGGAACUGCAGGAGCUAACUGUGAGAUCAACCUGGAUGACUGUCAGAGCAAUCCCUGUGAUUUCGGGAGAUGCAUCGACAAGAUAAAUGGGUACGAGUGUGCCUGCGAACCGGGAUACACAGGGAAAAUGUGCAACAUCAAUAUCGAUGAAUGUGCCAUCAACCCCUGCCACAAUGGCGGAACCUGUGUGGAUGGAGUCAAUGGCUUCACUUGUCUGUGCAGAGAGGGCUAUCAUGACACCACCUGCCAAUCACAGCUCAACGAAUGCCUCAGCAACCCCUGUAUCCAUGGACACUGUGAAGACAAAGUCAAUGGAUAUAACUGUAUUUGCGACUCUGGCUGGAGUGGAGUCAACUGUGACAUUAACAACAACGAGUGCGAGUCCAACCCCUGUAUGAAUGGAGGCACUUGUAAGGACAUGACCAGUGGCUACGUCUGCACAUGUCGCGCCGGCUUCAGCGGUCCCAAUUGCCAAACGAAUAUCAACGAAUGUGCCUCCAACCCAUGCUUGAAUCAAGGAACCUGCAUUGAUGAUGUGGCCGGAUACAAAUGCAACUGUCUGCUUCCUUACACUGGCGAGAACUGUGAGACCCUGUUGGCCCCGUGCGGCUCUAAACCCUGUAAGAACGGAGGCGUUUGCAAGGAAUCGGAAGACUACGAGAGCUUCUCUUGUGUGUGUCCUGCGGGAUGGCAAGGCCAAACAUGUGAGGUGGACAUCAACGAGUGUGUUAAAAAUCCUUGCCGAAAUGACGCCAUCUGCCAAAACUCCAUUGGCAGCUACAAGUGCAGUUGCAAAGCGGGCUACACGGGUCGCAACUGUGAGACAGACAUCGAUGACUGCAAGCCCAACCCCUGCAGUAACGGUGGCUUCUGCAAAGACGCAGUGAACGCCUUCGCUUGCACCUGCCUGCCGGGUUUCAGGGGCGGCAGAUGCGAGGAGGACAUUAACGAAUGUGAGAGUAACCCGUGUAAAAACGGCGCCAACUGCACUGAUUGUGUGAACAGCUACACCUGCACCUGUCCACCUGGAUUCAGUGGGAUUCACUGCGAGAACAACACACCUGACUGUACUGAGAGCUCUUGUUUUAAUGGUGGCACAUGUGUGGAUGGCAUCAACAGCUUCACUUGCCUGUGCCCUAAAGGCUUCACUGGCAACUACUGCCAGCAUGACAUCAACGAGUGCGACUCCAGACCGUGCAUGAAUGGAGGCACCUGCCAGGACAGCUAUGGCACCUACAAGUGCACCUGCCCUCAGGGAUACCACGGUCUUAACUGUCAGGAGCUGGUGAACUGGUGUAAACCGUCUCCCUGUAAGAAUGGAGGGAUCUGCAGACAGAGCGGCACGAGAUACAGCUGUCAGUGUCAGACAGGCUGGACUGGUUUAUACUGUGACGUUCCCAGUGUUUCCUGCGAGGUGGCCGCCAAACAGCAAGGUGUUGAUGUGGUCCGGCUGUGUCGUAACUCUGGCCAGUGUCUGGACGCUGGAAACACACACUAUUGUCACUGUCAGGCCGGAUACACGGGCAGCUACUGUGAGGAGCAGGUGGACGAAUGCAUUCCCAAUCCGUGCCAGAACGGAGCAACUUGCACCGACUACCUGGGCGGAUACUCCUGUGAAUGUGUGCCAGGUUAUCAUGGAGUGAACUGCUCUGAUGAGAUCAAUGAGUGUCUGUCUCAGCCCUGCCAGAACGGGGGCACAUGCAUCGACCUGAUCAAUACCUACAAAUGCUCCUGUCCUCGGGGAACACAAGGUGUGCACUGCGAGAUCAACAUUGACGACUGCACACCGUUCACUGACCCCAUCACCCAUGAGCCUAAAUGCUUUAACCAGGGCCGCUGUGUGGACCGUGUGGGCGGCUACCACUGCAUCUGUCCCCCUGGGUAUGUUGGGGAACGCUGUGAGGGCGACGUCAACGAGUGCCUGUCCAACCCCUGUGGCACACACAGCUGCAUCCAGCUCAAAAACAACUACCGCUGCGAGUGUCGCACAGGAUACACAGGUCAGCAUUGUGACAAAGUGUUUGAUGGCUGUAAAGGGAAGCCGUGUCGUAAUGGAGGCACCUGCGCUGUAGCCAGUAACACUCCUCAUGGCUUUAUCUGCAAAUGUCCACCGGGUUUUACGGGCUCGACCUGCGAGUACGACGCUCACGCAUGUGGGAGCCUUCAAUGCAAAAAUGGCGGGACGUGCGUUUCUGGUCACAAGAGUCCCAAAUGCCUGUGCACCCCUGCUUUCACUGGUCCCGAGUGCCAGGAUCCCAGCGGAGGCCACUGCACCACUAACCCCUGCUAUAACGGAGGCACGUGCGAGUAUAUAACCGAGGAGCCGUAUUACCACUGCAUCUGUCCCACCAACUUCAACGGCCUCUUCUGCCACAUCCUGGACUGGAGUUUUCCAGGCGGCACUGGUCAGGACAUCACGCCGGCUCCUAAGGUGUCGGUCAGCUGCGAGAUUGAGCAGUGUAAAGUCAAGAAGGGCAAUAAGAUCUGUGACAGCGCAUGUAAUAAUUACGCCUGCGAUUGGGACGGUGGCGACUGUUCGCUGAACUUUAAUGACCCAUGGAAGAACUGUUCGGCGGCUCUGCAGUGCUGGCGCUAUUUUAAUAACGGGAAGUGUGAUGAACAGUGCCACAACACGGGAUGCCUCUAUGAUGGGUUCGACUGCCAGAGAGUGGAGGCACAGUGCAAUCCACUAUACGAUCAGUAUUGCAAGGACCACUUUGCAGACGGCUACUGUGACCAGGGCUGCAAUAAUGCAGAGUGUGAAUGGGACGGCCUGGACUGCGCUAACGACACCCCCGAGAAGCUGGCUGCAGGACUGCUGGUUGUGGUGGUCCACAUUCACCCUGAUCAGCUCCGAAACAACUCGUUCGGGUUUCUGCGGGAGCUCAGCCGAGUGCUCCACACCAACGUGGUUUUCCGGCGGGAUAGCAAGGGGCAAGAAAUGAUCUACCCGUAUUACGGCAAUGAGCAGGAACUGAAGAAACACAACAUCAAACGAUCACUAGACGGCUGGAACGAUGCUUCUAGCGAUGUCUUGAGCUCGAUGAAAAACAGCAUUUACAAUAUAGUAGUGGAAGGAGGGAGAAAACGCAGAGAACUGGAGAAGAUACAAGUCAAAGGCUCCGUGGUUUAUCUGGAGAUUGACAACCGGCAGUGCUACCAGCAAACCUCCGAAUGCUUCCAGAGCGCCAACGACGCGGCGGCGUUCCUCGGAGCGCUGGCUUCCAGCGGCAGUCUGAAAAUGCCUUACGUCAUCGAGGCCGUCACAAGUGAGAUCGAUGGACCGUCGCCUGUAGAGCUCUAUCCAGUCUACGUGGUUCUGGCAGGAUUGGCGCUGCUGGCCUUUGUCGCCAUUGGGAUGGUGGCGUCCCGUAAACGGCGCCGGGAACACGGACAACUUUGGUUUCCGGAGGGUUUUAAGACCAGCGAGCCCAGCAAGAAGAAGAGGAGAGAGCCGGUCGGAGAAGAUUCAGUCGGUUUGAGGCCACUUAAGAACUGUUCAGACAUUUCGUUAAUGGACGACAACCAGAAUGAAUGGGGAGAGGAGGAACAGUCCGACAGCAAACGCUUCAGGUCUGAGGAGCAGGCGAUGCUGGAUUUAGACGAUCAGCCAGAUCACAGACAGUGGACGCAGCAGCAUUUGGACGCAGCCGAUCUGCGCAUCCCAUCCAUCGCUCCCACACCGCCUCAGGGCGAGAUAGAGAACGACUGCAUGGACGUCAAUGCCCGAGGACCAGAUGGCUUUACUCCUCUGAUGAUUGCGUCCUGCAGUGGAGGAGGGCUCGAAACGGGAAAUAGCGAGGAAGAGGAAGACGCUUCAGCAAACGUCAUCAAUGAUUUCAUCUAUCAGGGCGCCAACCUUCACAACCAGACAGACCGCACGGGUGAGACGGCUCUACACCUGGCUGCCCGCUACGCCCGCUCAGACGCCGCGAAACGACUGCUGGAGGCCAGUGCUGAUGCUAACAUCCAGGACAAUAUGGGCAGGACUCCAUUACAUGCCGCUGUGGCUGCUGAUGCCCAAGGCGUCUUCCAGAUUUUGAUACGGAACCGCGCCACAGAUCUAGACGCCCGCAUGCAUGAUGGCACCACACCUCUGAUACUGGCCGCAAGACUGGCGGUCGAGGGCAUGGUGGAGGAACUCAUCAACUGCCAUGCUGACGUUAAUGCCAUUGAUGACUUUGGUAAAUCUGCUCUUCACUGGGCAGCAGCUGUGAACAAUGUAGAUGCAGCGAUGGUGUUGCUUAAGAAUGGGGCAAAUAAAGACAUGCAGAACAAUAAGGAGGAGACUCCUCUUUUCCUGGCGGCAAGGGAAGGAAGUUACGAGACGGCUAAAGUUCUUCUGGAGCAUUUUGCAAACCGGGAAAUCACAGACCACAUGGAUCGACUCCCGCGAGACAUCGCGCAAGACAGAAUGCAUCAUGAUAUUGUGCGUCUUAUUGAUGAAUACAACCUAGUGCGCAGUCCUCCCAUGCACAGCGCCCCGCUCUGCACCACGCUUUCCCCACCCCUCUGCUCCCCCAAUGGCUUCAUGGGCAACAUGAAGCCCUCGGUGCAAAGCAAAAAACCUCGUAAGCCCAGCACUAAAGGCAUCGGCUGCAAAGACGGCAAAGAUAUGAAAGUCAAAAAGAAGAAAGCACAAGACGGAAAGGGAAACUUAUUAGACAGCUCGGCUGUUCUCUCUCCGGUGGAUUCCCUAGAGUCGCCUCACGGGUAUAUUUCUGACAUCGCCUCGCCACCCCAGAUGACAUCACCCUUCCAACAAUCGCCCUCCAUGUCGCUCAAUCAGCUACAGGGAAUGUCAGACAACCACAUGGGCGUCAGCCAUCUUGGAAUUGGCAACAACCAAGAUCUUUCCCAUAUACAGUUUGAUCCAUUGCCUCCACGUCUCACUCAUCUUCCAGUGGCCGGAUCGAACGGUUCAAACGUCAUGAACGGCCAAUGCGAAUGGCUAGGGCGGAUGCAUGGAAGCAUGGCUCCGCAAAACCAGUUCACAGCCAUGAGAAACGCCUCAGGUCAAGCCAACCUUCACCAAUCAGGCUUGAUGACGUCACAUCACAAUGGCCGCCCUGCCACGCUCUCUCAAAUGAUGAACUAUCAAAGCAUGCAGAACACACAUCUAAUGCAGCAGAUGCAGCAGAGCAUGCAGCCGCGGCCCCAGCAGACCGGCGUCCAGCUGCAGAGCCAGAGCCAGAACUUCAUCGGGGGUGAUCUGGGUGGACCGGAGCUCCAGCAGAGCGCAGGGAACAGCAUGUCCAUCCAUACUAUAAUCCCCCAGGAGACCCAGCUGCUCAACCCGUCCUCUCUGGGGUCCAGCAUGGCGGGCACGCAGUUCCUGACGCCACCUUCCCAGCACAGUUACACUCCCGCAUUGGACGCCAACACUCCCAACCACCAACUUCAAGUGCCUGACCACCAUCCUUUCCUCACGCCAUCUCCCGGUUCUCCAGACCAGUGGUCCAGCUCGUCACCCAAUUCCAACAUGUCCGAUUGGUCGGAGGGUAUUUCCAGUCCUCCCACCAGCAUGCAGUCACAAAUCGGACACAUGCCCGAGCAAUUCAAGUAGAACAAUGAGAUUCGCUAAAUGAAGGCACAUUCCAUAAGCCUGCUUAUACUGAAGGGUCUUUUAUACGCCGCUUGUACUAACCUUUUUUUUUCUUUAAUUUAUUGACAUUUUGUUAUUUAUAUACUUGUCAUCAUUUUUUUUUUAAUUUGGGCACAAAACAUUAAAUCUUAAAGUCGGCAUGAAAUGAAACUUAAAAUUGUUGAUUUUUCACCUAACAUUACAUCCGAUUGAAACGAUUUGUGAAAUAAAUAAAUAAAAAUUUAGGGCGGGGCUUGAUUUUUGUCCAAGUGGAUCAUUAGAAGAUUUGCCAAAUUGGAUAAUAUUUGAAUGCCAGUUGUGGAGGAUCAAGGCUGGUUUAUACUUCUGCGUCAAAUGACCCACGGCGAUUGCCUUGUAUGUAGCCAUGCAUUCAUACUUCUGUGUGCUGUUUGUGUUGCUCUGCAAUAACACAUCUGAAUCGCUAGGUUUUAUUAUGUUCUUUUGUGUCGAGUUUCAUCAAAGGUGUUUUUUUUUUUACGUUACCUUAAUGUACAAGUAGCUUAAACUCGUUCAUUCUGAGGCGGUAACCGGCGGACGUGCAACAACUUUAAUCAUACGGUUAACACAAAACAAAAUUUUCCAUCUGGAGGUCCUUCAUGAGACUCAACACUUGUAAACACUCACUCCAAUGGGUUCGCGCGGCUCUCACCCUCGCCCGCACUCGUCAGCGCUACCGAGGCGACUAGUUAUAAAGCUUGCACUAUGAGUCGAUGCAACGUAGUUUUAUUGUUUGAGAGGUGCACAUCAGCAUCGUCGUAUAAAUCAUCCUUUAGUUUCUAUCGUAGGGUUGUCCCGGUAAUGAAUUUCGGUACCAAUUAUUACUCAAAUUUUUAAAACUUCCAUUUGCUGCUAAUAUUUAAGUGCAGUUGUGUAUACGUGCUCAACCGCGCUGAAAUAUUAGUGGGAAAUGGACAUUUUUAAAACUAAAGUACCGAAUGGUAUCAAAAUUCAGUAUCGUGACGACUCUAGUCCACUGUUAUCAUUGUUGGUUAAAUAAAUGUUUUCAGAUGCCCGAUGACGAGAACGAGGAGCUAAAUUUUACAAAUAGAAUCGUACUAAUCGUAAUAAUAAACCUGUACAAAACGAUGUAAUAUUUCUAAAAAACACGAUCGCAAUAUAUAUAUAUCCAUGCCUAAUAUCCGAUGGACAGGAAUUGAUAAAUUUUAAUAAAUUGUUAGAAUAUUGAUGUCUGUGAAGCAGACUAGUCUAGAGACUGUUGUAUAAACUCGAUUUCAUAUAAAAUUCACUUUAAUGUGUGGUAUGACUAAAAAGUGUUUGUAAACGAAUAUUUACUUAACUCAAAUAAGUAGCGACUUGGAACCGGAAACAGUAUUCAAUACGUCACGACUUAACAAGCGGAUAUUUGUGCAAUUAAUAACUCAGUCCCGCACUGAUAGCCCCGCCCUAAAGACAGACCAUGUGACCCACAGUAAGAAAAGUUAUUUUAAAGGGGGGGGGGGGGGGGGGGAAGUUAUGUUAUUUUAUUUAAAAUAAAGAUUUUAAAACUUGCAGUACCGAUUGGUACCACCGGGAUCUACUGUCGGUCAAAUGAAAUGUUUUCCGAUUCCGAUGAUGAGAAGAGCUAAAUUUUACGAACGAAAUCAUACUAUAUUUGUUCGAACCACUAGCUUAUGCGAAACGAGGCCUGCUCUGUUAGCCCCACCGUCGUUUUGAGGGGGCAGGAAAGGUUGUGGUGUUUGACUAAAGAUUAGGAGCAUUAUUAUGAAAUAAAGAUUACAAAAAUUGCAGUAGCGAUAGGUACCAAAAUUCAGUGUCGCGACAACACCAGUUUACCGGAAUAACCGUCAGUCAAAUUAAAUGUUUUCAAAUGCCCGAUGAUGAGAACGAGAAGCUAAAUUUUGCGAACAGAAUCGUACUAUAUUUGUUUAAACCACUAGCUCACGUGAAACAAGACCUGCACUGAUGGCCCCGCCCUAAAUCAGAUCAUGUGACCAGAAGUUUAAAAAAGUCGUUUUGAGGGGGAGGGAAGGUUAUGGUAUUCAAUUAAAGAUUAUGAGGAGUCAUUUUUUAAUAAAAUGAAGUUCACCGAUUUGUCAUUUAUAACAAGCACUACUAUUUACAUUUUUAUUUCAUGCCGACUUUAAACAAUGAAGAAGGUCAGUGGUGUAAUAACCGUAAUACACUGUAGUCAAAUGUACACACUGGGUAUUUAUUGGUCUUAAAAUAUGCCUGUAUUUUUAUUUUAUGUUUUUUUUUUUUUUUUUUCAGUAGAUCGGUCAUCGUUUCAGUUUUAUUUGAACUAAUAUUGUAAAAACUUUGUACAAAUGCGAAGUUCAUGUACGGGCAUUAUAGAGAGCAUGUUUUUGUACAACAAACUUCAGUGUUAAAGUAGAUUUAUGUUGUCUGAAACAAGCUGCUUUUCCGUUACUAGAAGACGAAUGAAUUUGCUAACGUUUCUGAUAUUUGUUUCGUUAGGUUUAUGUGUGUGCGUCGCAAGGUUUAAACUACAAAUAAGUAGUGGUAUUAUAAUUGAACAUUUGUAUAGUUCAAAUUGAUUUUUUUUUCACAUUCUUUCUCUGUUUCUUGUAUAAUAAAUUCUUGCAAAUGCAGAUUUUUGUAAACGUCCGCUGUGAGCGUGGAUGUCAAAGUGAGGAUCUGAGCUAUUUACAGGAAAUACUUGAUAUUAGCUUGUGUGAAACAAGUCGUAAUGUCAAGAUCUCUGUAUCUUUCCUCUGGUUUUGUAGAACUGGUCACGUGGCCAACAAGUGUCUGGGAUUUAUGAGGUGUUUCAAAUUGAACUUCUCUUCACUGUACUUCCAGUUUUGUAUCUUCGUUUGAGCCUAUGGCUGAUGUAUAUAGAUAUAUUUUAUGCGUUGUCAUGUAAACAGGAUUUUGUUUCAGAAAUCUUAAGUGUGCCAUGGAAAUUUGAACUAUUUUAAUGCUACGUAGUUAUGUUUUCUAUCAUACGCAGAACGUAUAUUUUUUUCUCAGUAUCACUGAGUAGAGAUAAAUCUAAGAAUAUGUAUACACAAGAAUGAUUAGAGGUUACGUCAUAAAGAAUAACAUACAGAUGAUUUUUGACUCGAUAUUUAUUGACCACCAAUAAUCGUCCAUAAAAACACGUUAAAAGGUCUCUAAAGCAGUGUUUCUCAACCACGCUCCUGAAGGACCACCAGCUCUGCAAAUUUCCAUGUCUCUCUAACUGAACGCACCUGAUUCAGAUCGUCAGCUCAUUAGCUGAGACUGUAAGACCUGUAAUGGGUGUGACAGACAAAGGAGACGUACAAAACAUGCAGUGCUGGCGGUCCUCCAGGAACGUGGUUGAGAAACACUGCCCUAAAGGGAUAUGGUGGUGGUGUCAUAUAUAUCCUCUUUAAGCCAUCAGUACUUCUGAGUUCAUCGGAUUUGAACAGCACUGAGUAUAAAAUGUCUGUAAAUAUUACCCAUCUGCAAAAGUGUAGUUUACAUGCAGAGUAUCUGUCAGUUCUACUGUCUGUACAGUUUCUAUGAAUAAUAAAAGAUCCCAUUGUGUAUUCAGAA